GAAACUGCCAGCCGAGAUCACAGGCUUUGAGGCUGAAGCCGGAGGCAGGAUGGACUGAAAGGAAAAGAGGCAGGUUAGAGGGGAGAGGCUUGGGAAGGAAACAGCAGAAAAGCAAUCGCUUGCUGUGUUUACAGCAAGGCAAGGGACGGUUGGGUUGAGGACCAGAGACGAGACUAUGAAAGCCAAGAAAUGCAAAUAGAGCCAAAGAGGAGAGAAAAUGUCAAGAGGAACGUCCAUCCGGAGAAAUGAAGAGAAUGAAAGUUUUAUGCUGCAGAACGACUCUGUGUUUUUCCGGCAGCAAAUUCUCUCGCUGUCUUUAAGCCCGCUCGCGUUUGCAAGCCAUUGACAUCAAGAGGCAUGUUCAGCGGUGCCGGCAGCAUCUCCUCUUCCUUCUCUUCUUCAUCUUCCUCCUCCUCCUCCUCUUCUUCCUCCUCCACGUUCUCCUCCUAUCAGAAAGAAGACAAACCUAGGACAGUCUUGAAAUAUCGAAAUUGCCUCCUUGGGAUUUGCCAGCGCCGCGUUGCGCCAAGACUGUCGGAAUAAAGGAGGCUGACUAUUGUAUUAUCGUUAUUUUAUUAAUUGGUCAGUGGGAAGAUUACAUCUGAGCAGAAGGGACGUCUGUCACCCUCUCUGCGUUAAGAUUGAAAAAUGAGGCUGGAUUUGGGGAAGCUCUAAAAUGAAGUAAAAGGAAUUAAAAAAAAUUUUAGGACAGCCACAGAAGCCCCCCCUACACCGCACAUUAUUUUAUUUAUAUUUUUGAGAUUAUUAAUUUUUUUGGUGGUGGGGAAGUAAUCGGGUGGCUGAGUGACUACGGGGGAGCGGCUUCUUUUCCUUUGGAGAUGAUUGUGCUGUUAUUCUUUGCCUUGCUCUGGAUGGUGGACGGAGUCUUUUCCCAGCUUCAUUACACAGUGCAGGAGGAGCAGGAACAUGGCACUUUCGUGGGGAAUAUCGCGGAAGAUCUGGGCUUGGACAUUACAAAACUUUCAGCUCGCAGGUUUCAGACUGUGGCCAACUCACGGACCCCUUACUUGGACCUCAAUCUGGAGACCGGGGUUCUGUAUGUAAAUGAAAAGAUCGACCGCGAGCAGAUCUGCAAGCAGAGCCCCUCUUGUGUCCUGCACCUGGAGGUCUUUCUGGAGAAUCCGCUGGAGCUGUUCAGAGUGGAGAUCGAAGUGCUGGACAUCAAUGACAACCCUCCCUCCUUCCCGGAACCCGACCUGACAGUGGAGAUAUCCGAGAGCGCCACGCCAGGCACCCGCUUCCCCUUGGAGAGCGCCUUUGACCCAGACGUGGGGACCAACUCAUUGAGAGACUAUGAGAUAACCCCGAAUAGCUACUUCUCGCUAGACGUGCAGACCCAAGGAGAUGGCAACCGAUUCGCCGAGCUGGUGCUGGAGAAGCCACUGGACCGAGAACAGCAAGCGGUGCACCGCUACGUGCUGACCGCGGUGGACGGGGGAGGAGGGGGAGGAGGAGGGGAAGGAGGGGGAGGCGGUGGGGGAGUCGGCCUCCCCCCACAGCAACAGCGCACAGGCACAGCCUUGCUCACCAUCCGAGUGCUGGACUCCAACGACAAUGUGCCCGCGUUCGACCAACCCGUCUACACUGUUUCCCUCCCAGAGAAUUCACCCCCUGGCACCCUAGUGAUCCAGCUCAACGCCACCGACCCGGAUGAAGGCCAGAACGGCGAGGUCGUGUACUCAUUUAGCAGUCACAUUUCGCCCAGGGCUCGAGAGCUCUUCGGACUUUCGCCUCGCACCGGCCGGCUGGAGGUGAGCGGCGAGCUAGACUAUGAAGAGAGCCCCGUGUACCAGGUGUAUGUCCAAGCCAAGGACUUGGGUCCCAAUGCUGUGCCUGCACACUGCAAGGUGCUGGUCAGAGUGCUGGAUGCCAACGACAACGCACCAGAGAUCAGUUUCAGCACCGUGAAAGAGGCGGUGAGCGAGGGUGCGGCCCCUGGCACGGUGGUGGCUCUGUUCAGCGUGACCGAUCGAGACUCAGAAGAGAAUGGGCAGGUGCAGUGUGAGCUGCUGGGAGAUGUGCCGUUCCGCCUCAAGUCUUCCUUCAAGAAUUACUACACCAUCGUGACCGAAGCCCCUUUGGACAGAGAGGCUGGCGACUCCUACACCCUGACAGUGGUGGCCCGCGACCGGGGCGAACCUGCCCUCUCCACCAGUAAGUCGAUCCAGGUUCAAGUGUCUGAUGUGAAUGACAAUGCGCCGCGCUUCAGCCAGCCGGUCUACGACGUGUAUGUGACAGAAAACAACGUGCCAGGAGCCUACAUUUACGCGGUGAGCGCCACGGACCGCGACGAAGGGGCCAACGCCAAAUUAACCUACUCUAUCCUCGAGUGCCAGAUCCAGGGCAUGAGUGUCUUCACCUACGUGUCCAUCAACUCAGAUAACGGCUACUUGUACGCUCUGCGAUCCUUUGAUUAUGAGCAGAUCAAGGACUUCAGCUUUCAGGUGGAAGCCCGGGAUGCCGGGAGCCCCCAGGCGCUGGCAGGCAACGCCACGGUCAACAUCCUGAUUGUAGAUCAGAACGACAACGCCCCCGCCAUCGUGGCGCCCCUGCCGGGGCGCAACGGGACCCCAGCCCGCGAGGUGCUGCCUCGCUCUGCCGAGCCGGGCUACCUGCUUACUCGCGUCGCCGCAGUGGACGCGGACGACGGCGAGAACGCCAGGCUCACCUACAGCAUCGUGCGGGGCAACGAAAUGAACCUAUUCCGCCUGGACUGGCGCACCGGAGAGCUCCGCACUGCGCGCCGGGUCCCAGCCAAGCGCGACCCCCAGCGGCCUUACGAGCUGGUGAUUGAGGUGCGCGACCAUGGACAGCCACCCCUGUCCUCCACAGCCACCCUGGUAGUUCAGCUGGUGGAUGGAGCCGUGGAGCCCCAGGGCGGGGGCGGGGGCGGAGGUGGAGGGCCCGGGGAGCACCAGCGCCCCAGCCGCUCUGGUGGCGGGGAAACUUCGCUGGACCUCACACUCAUCCUCAUCAUCGCUCUGGGCUCAGUGUCCUUCAUCUUUCUGCUGGCCAUGAUCGUGUUGGCCGUGCGCUGUCAAAAGGAGAAAAAACUCAACAUCUACACCUGCCUAGCGAGUGAUUGCUGUCUCUGCUGCUGCUGCUGUGGCAGUGGGGGCCCCACCUGCUGCGGCCGCCAAGCCCGGGCGCGCAAGAAGAAACUCAGCAAGUCAGACAUCAUGUUGGUGCAGAGCGCCAACGUCCCCAGUAACCCGGCCCAGGUGCCAGUAGAGGAGACCGGGAGCUUUGGCUCCCACCACCACAACCAGAACUAUUGCUAUCAGGUCUGCCUCACCCCAGAGUCCGCCAAGACCGACCUGAUGUUCCUGAAGCCCUGCAGCCCUUCCCGGAGCACAGACGCUGAGCACAAUCCCUGCGGAGCCAUCGUCACCGGGUACAGCGACCAGCAACCAGACAUCAUUUCCAACGGAAGCAUUUUGUCCAACGAGAAUAAACACCAGCGAGCAGAGCUCAGCUAUCUAGUUGACAGACCUCGCCGAGUCAACAGUUCUGCAUUCCAGGAAGCUGACAUUGUAAGCUCUAAGGACAGUGGUCAUGGAGACAGUGAACAGGGAGACAGUGAUCAUGACGUCACCAAUCGUGGUCAGUCAGCUGGCAUGGAUCUCUUCUCCAACUGCACCGAGGAAUGUAAAGCGCUGGGCCACUCAGACCGAUGCUGGAUGCCUUCAUUCGUCCCUUCGGAUGGACGCCAGGCUGCAGAUUACCGCAGCAACCUGCAUGUCCCCGGCAUGGACUCAGUUCCAGACACCGAGGUCUUUGAACCUCCUGAAGCGCAGCCUGGAGCAGAGCGGUCCUUCUCCACCUUUGGCAAAGAGAAGGCCCUGCAUGGCACCCUGGAGAGGAAGGAGCUGGAUGGAUUACUGUCUAAUACACGAGCGCCUUACAAACCACCAUAUUUGAAAACGCUGUGGAUGCAGCUGCGUGGAGAAGCUCAUUUGACGAAAGAUGGAGGCAAGCAACCAACCACAUGACUGAGCUCAGCAGCCAAUUCUCAACUUGAGUUUUCAGAUAAGAAGGCUCCCCAGCAGACAGCAUGACCGAAAAUCGCCUGAGAGACUUCAGCUGGGCACUAACUGAGCUGCAUUAAUUCCAAACAACACAAACUGUGAGAUAAAUAUGGGAGGAGUCUUGUUUAGCAACAAUAGAUAGUUAAGACAAUAGAUAAUUGAGAAACUCAUUGUCUGUUGCAGUAUUAUAAGCAUUGACUUUUCUGGUGUGAUGUGUCUAUUUUUCCAAACAGGAUAUAUAAUGUGCACUGUUUCUUUGGUUUGCUCAGUUUUCAUUUCUGCCCUAUUGUUCAUCAUUUCACUCACUUGCAACACACACACAAAUCCCCACCAUUUUCUGGAUUAAUAUAUUGGCUUAAAAAUAUAAAAUACUCUCAUCAAAUGAAAUAUGCAUUAACUUUGGUGACUUUCAGUUGUGGGAAUUACUUCUAAUUUUCUUCUUUGAAAGCAUUUCCUUUUUCAUAAAACCCUCUGUAGGACAUAUAGCCUUUUAUAUGCAGAUUGGUAUAAUUACACUUUGAAAUAUCUUUGAAUUCCCUGUAGCUUAAACUGAGAACAUGAAAGGCCAAAUGUUAUAUCGAAGUGAAGGAUAUAAAAGUGCAUGUACAUCAAUCCAAAAUGAGAUAUAGAAAUGAACAGCUCUACACAGCACAGCCCGUUUCUGACAGAUUAUUGAAGAAUCUUUAACUACAAACAGUGCCAUCCCUGGAAGAAGAAUUCUGCCUGGGAAUGGCCUAAUCCGUUAACAUUUGUUAUUCUUUUCAUACCAAAAUGUGAAUGCCUGUGAAGCAAAACAAGAGACCUAGUGUAAGAAAAGCUUUAUCUCUUUUCAAGGACAAUGGCACCUGACCUCCAUCAUAGAGCAUAACAUUCUCUGCAUUAUGUUUUUAUUUUAUUUUAUUUGUGUGUGUAUGUGUGUGUGCUUAUUCUAUUCUAUUUAUUUAUUUAUUAUUUACUUUUUUUGAGACAGGCUGUCUUUGUAUAGCUUUUGGAACCUAUUCUGACACUCACUCUAUAGACCAAGCUGGCCUUGAAUUCACAUAGACCCCCUGCCUCUGCUCCUAAGUGAUGAGAUUAAAGGUGUACACCACCACCACCUGGCAAAUUUUGAUACAUUUUUUGAGAGCAGAGCGUUAUAAGGAGGAAAUUAUCUACCCAAUGUGUCAUACCAGAAAUGAUAAACAUCACAUUUCACAAAGCCAAUAUAAAACUCACAUGGAAACAGUGAAACUUUCCAGAUCCCAACAACAAAGUAUUCUCUUCUCCACAGAAGCAUGUUCCUAGGGCCAGUAAAGGCAUGUCCAGAGUACUUAAAAAGCAGAUGGAUGGAGAGAAGGCUUAGCAAUUUAUACAACUCACUGCUAUUGCUGGUGACUGGGAUUCAGAUAUCAGUGGAUACAUGGAGGGUUACAACGUUCUGUAAUUCAAAGUCCAAGGGACCACUUACCUGCCUCUGGCAAUCCCAGUCACCAGGUACUGCACAAACAUACAUGCAGACAAAAUAUACAGACACAGACUUUAAGUAAAAUAUUGUUUAAAGAAGCAUAUCUAUAGGAUCUUCAUUCUUUUUUACCAACAGUGUGAAAGUAAAAGUUCAGUGUCUUUGUGUAAAGUCAGAACUUGCCAUCAACACUUAACUUAUUAAGAACAAAUUCCAUGAAAUUAACUUUAUUUUAAGAGUAUGUUCUCCUAACUUUUAACAUUCUAUAAUUAUCAUGACUGCUUUAAGUUAAGUAGAUUCCAUAAUUAGUCUUUUGAAUUAGCUAUACAUAAGGAAUGUUUUGCUUUUUUAUAUAAAAGGCAUGUCUUCUCAUAAAAUUACAUUGCUUAUGAAUAGAUGAAAAAAUUCAUCAAAACUGGUUAACAACAACAACAAAGAGUUGUAAAAUUCAAGACAAAAUGUCCUAAAUUCUGGUGUCUCUAGAAUGCAACAACUAUCCAUCUACACCUGAAAUCAAAGAUAGAGGAUACAUGUUUGAAUAAAACAUACUUAAAAACUAGUGAUAAUUCAUAGAGAACUGAGGAUGCCAUGGACUGUAAUAUUUGUGCAUUCAAUCUAGGCUAGGGAGUUUUCCCAUUUUUGGCAUCUUGUAAAACCUAGUACUUAUUAAUCUCUAAAAUAUGUAUUGAGGGAAAUGUUGAUAAUUCAAGUAGUAUUUUAGGAAAACAUAAUUGUCAGUUUGCUCUGAAACUGUCAUUUUUAAAACACAACAAUCUGAAAUUUCUUUUUUUCUGGGACAAAUGACAAAAUUUUGAAAAUUUGAAUGUUUCAGACAACACUAGUAAAUUAAUGCGUACAAGGAAUCAGAACCACCCUUGAUAUCUAACUAAACAAUUGGGAAGUGAAUGAUGUAGAAUGAUACAAAGAUAUCUGAAUCACUACUUCUUGCUAAGCAUGCAUUCUUCCUAAAGUUUUAUGGCUAUUUCAGAGACUCAGAUCACUUCUCACAUCUAAAUUUAUAUAGAAUUUUUUAUGGGGUGAUAUUUGGCAAAACAAUCUCUAAUGUGUAGGUAGAGAAUCAUUUUACGUUCUGUGACUGAACCGUACUAUGAAUUCAUCUAUGUUCCUUGCUGGGGAAAAAAAAGACUUCCAAAAACAAAAACAAAAAACCCUGCAAGUCCAUUAAUAACCAAAUAAAAUGUUUAUGGCUAUUGUCCGAUGAAGAUUCGUUACAUCUAAUUCUUCUGAUAAGUGUCACAAUUGAUGCUAUUCUGUUAAAAUACUAUAAAAAUCCAAUUCUCUACCAUGCAUCUUUUGUGUGACUCUGUAGUAUAGCACAAAUGAAGGAAAGCAUGCCAGAAUGAUCUUUAAAACAAACUAAACAAAAUUAUGAGGUUAUUGAGAAAGCCAGUGAUUUCUCAGUUCUGAGUGGCUCAUCUAGGAAAAUGAAUUCUUUGUCAUAUCACUUACAUAAAAAGAAUUUCAUUCACACAUCAACACAAAAAAGCUGAGACAUGUAAACUUAUUUCUCAAUGAUAAGGCUAGUGAAUAGUGGAGCUUGGAAGUGACCUAUAACCUGUGUGUACCUGUUGUCACUUUCUUAGUUUAGAGAAGAAGAUAGAAUGGAGAACUUCACUAAGUAAUGUUCCAAUGAAAUGGUCCAAAAUAGAUUCUGAAUUUUGAAGACAAACUAUUUCAGAGGCAUAAAUCCCUACACUAUGACUGUAGAGAUACAUGAUUUAUUCAGAACCUAUGGUAUAACCAAUAAGAAUAAAGGGGAAAGUUCGAUGGUUAAAUUAAGUUUAAGUAUUUAAGAUAUACAUAAUAAUUGAAAGUUCCUAUGUAUUGAUUACUUUAUUAUUUUUGAAAAAUAUAGGAAACUAAUAAAAUAGUAUAGAAAGAUGUGUAGCUAUUUUUUGUAGUUAAUAGUAUACUCAAUGUGUAGCUUUUUUUCUGAACUAAAACAAUCUUUCCUGGAAGGGAAAGGGAAGCUCAUAAUGACUCAGGAAGUUGAUGAAACUUACAUGGAUCAGAAAGUGACAAGAUUCACAAGAUUACUUCUAAAGAUUAGGAAUGCAUCAAGAAAUUGCUGUGAAAGGAGACUCUCUUAAGGGUAUACCUGGAAACUGGGUAGAAAACUACAAAGACACAGCUUCCUGUGAACCUGCUGUGGUGUGCUUUUCUGGGAUGCACAACCCUGGAAUAAUCCAUGUUCUUGUAAUACCAAUAAAUGCAUUGAUCUACUAAAAUA